AUGUCGACCAAACUCUGUUAUAUAUUUUUCCUUUUUGUAUAUUUGUGCACACCUGUUAAGAAUGAGGGGUACAUGUGCGACUUUUCGUCGGAAAAAUAUAGUUUAGACAUGGGUGAUUACUACGACGAUGUGAUAUGUUAUCAUGAGAUUGGAGAGGGGGAUAGUAUUGGUAUGAUCAUACCAAGGUAUAGAGACGGAAAUGAAAAUAUCCAUAUAAUAACAAAAUGUUUUGAUAAAAUAUCCUUAAAAAAAUCAGGGGCCAAUCCAGUGUCUAUAUAUGAGGUAUUUACGAAUGAUGAAAUUUCUUUAUCUGACGCGAACAUAUUUUAUAAUUCUGAGUACCUUUCUUCUAUUCUACAUAUUAAAAAGGUAAGUAAGAGUAAUUACAUUCACUGUGCAUUCGAAAGUAGGAAUGCAAAAGGAGUUCCAGUCCAUAGAGGAAUGACAAAGAUUUCGAUAAAAAACACAGUUAUUAAUAAUGAAAAUAAAUCAAACAGAAAAGUUAUUGACUUAUUUAAUAAAAUAGAUUUAAAUAAAGACAAUUCAAAGAAUAAAUAUUCAAUUAGUGCAGAACCAGGUCAUAUAUUAUACAUUUUAGGAAUAAAAAUGACAAAUAACAAGUUUAUAUAUUUUGAUGAUAAUUGUCCAAUAGAUUUUGAACAAAUAGGAGAUAUAUACAAAUAUAUAUUCCCCUUAAUAAAUGAAAAGGAAGUCACAUAUGAUUGUCCAAUGUAUCUUGAUGAAAACGGAAAAAAUAUAUCUGUAGGUCUUUUACAUAUAACCUUUGUUCAAAAAAAUCCUACUUUAGUAGAUAUUAGUAAAGAAAUUCUAAAAAUGUACAUGAAAUAUGAUAUAGAAAAAAACUUAAUAAAACUCUUAUAUGGUACGGAACAGGAAGACAACAAAUUAAAUGGUAGUCGAUAUAUACAACAGAGCAUAGAUAUAAAUGAAACGCAAACGUCUAAUCUUCAGUCAAUGAAUCUGGAUAAAGAACAUUGUAAUAAUGACAAGUGUAAUGAAUUAUUUGAUAAUUCUCAUUGUUCAUCCAUUUGUGGAAACGGAUAUAGAUUACACAGUAAAUAUAAUGUACACUAUGAUACUCAGGGAGUGGUACCAUGCAACAAUGGUGAAUGUUCUAUUUAUGAUGAAAUUGAACCCUUGAUCAUAUUUUCAUUUAUGGCUAUUGUUAUCUUCUGUAUAACAGUUGUAAUUUUUAUUAUUAUGCUAUAUAACAUUAUGCAUACAGAUAAGCGAAAAAUUUCAGACCCUUUCUUUACCUAUGACUCAAACAUUAAGAACAAAGAAACGUCAUAA